AUGCCUACGGAGGCUAUGGAUGAUGAUAAUACAAAUUUGGAUUUGAUUCCUAAUAAUGUGGAUACACCUUCAAGUAAUAGAACUACUGGUUUUAAUUAUAGAUACGGGGAAUCCAGCUCACAACACGCUGACGGCCAUAAUGUGGAUAGCACAGGGGUCAGUUGGCAAGACACAGAAGGGGAUUACCCUGCCUCUAAAGUCAGAUCAUGCUCAGACCAGUUAGGAAUAAAUGUAUCUCAAAUUAAUAAACAAACAAGAUUAUCUCCGAUAGGAAUUAUACAAAAAUCCGACGUCAUACCCAAGACAGUCUUGAUUGUUGGUUCGUCUUUGGUUAACCAUGCGGUUAUGGCGGCACGACAGUCUUCUCAUGGGUUGAAUAUGGGUUUAAAUGCUAAAGUAUGGUGGCAGGGAACUUCAGCUUUACGCUGGAUCUAA